CAUUCUACAAUACGCUAUAAACUUUAUAAUCGUCAUGUUAGUGCUGUGAGCGGCCGUGCUCCAAGUGAUAAGGAUAAAAUAAUAAAUCAAUAACUACUUUCUCCUAUUAUUUAAUAGCAUAAGUGAAAUUUAUUGCGAAUACUGUUAUUCUAAGUGAUUAGUGCUACAAAUAGAAUUAUGAUGCGGUCGAGUAAGCUUCUUGAUGAUGAUGAGUUGGUUAAAUAUUUUCCGGAUUUACCCAGCGGGCCCUUAGACAGCUAUAGAAAAAAAGCAUCGUUCAAUUGGCGCCGAAUGAAACUGGUUUACGACAAUUUAGCAACCAUUAAAAUAAAACAUGACAUCUGGAACUUUAUGCGCAAUCAUCCCCUAUUCCAACAUUCUGAUACACAUCUGUCUAUGGAUGAGCAGAGACAUUUGGCUGUUAAGAGAAUGUACGCCUACUACAAUGAGCAAUUUGCAACUUUGGAUAAGGUAGCCGAAGAACCAAGAAUAUUCCAAGCAGAAUCGGAAGCGAUGUUCAUGUUCGACAGUUCGUUUGCUGUAAAGGUCUCUCUCACGUUUCGAAUGUUCUCGAACACGAUACAAGGGAGCGGGAGACCACAUCACUAUAGAUUUAUAGAGGAUAUAGAGAAGGCAAGGAUCGGUGGAUGCUUCGCCUUAACAGAAGUGUCGCAUGGUUCUAAUGCCAAGGGAAUGAGAACGACUGCCACUUAUUGUCCGGAGACGAAAGAGUUUAUACUGCAUACACCUGACUUUGAAGCUGCGAAGUUCUGGGUGGGAUGUAUGGGGAAAUGCGCAACUCACGCGAUCGUGUACGCAAUGCUGAUAUCCAAUGGCACGAAUCACGGCCUGCACUCGUUCAUCGUGCCGCUACGGGACCCUAAGACUUUGAAGCCCUUUGCGGGGGUCACUGUGGGUGAUAUUGGAGAAAAGAUCGGCCUCAAUGGGGUGGAUAAUGGUUUUGUAAUGUUCAACAAGUACCGGAUUCCAAAAGACCUAGCGUUAGACAAGCAUGGCGGAGUAGAUGACAAGGGAGUCUACCAGACACCUUUCAGAGACCCUAACAAGAGAUUUGGAGCAGCCCUGGGAAUUUUAUCUGGCGGUAGAGUGCACAUUACUUCUAUAACGACACACUACCUCGUGAAAGCCAUAGUGAUCGCCAUUAGAUACUCGGCAGUGAGAAAACAAUUUGGCGCCGAAAAUGGCGCAGAUGAAACUCCUGUGUUGGAAUAUCAGCAGCAGCAAAUCCGUCUAUUACCUUACCUUGCAGCAGCAUACGCGUUCCGUGUCUUCUGUUCCUGGUUUAGCCUAACACACGUCAAUAUUACCAUUGAUAACUUAAUGGGUAAAUUAGAAAACGCAGCGAAUCAAGGUAUAGAGAUGCACGCACUAUCGUCAGCUGUUAAGCCGCUCUGUGGUUGGCUAGCGCGUGACGCGAUACAGAACUGUAGGGAGGCGUGCGGGGGACAUGGGUAUUUGAAAGCGGCAGGUAUAGGCGACAUACGCAACGAUAACGAUGCCAAUUGCACGUACGAGGGUGAGAACAGCCUGCUGCUGCAGCAGACCAGCAACUGGCUGCUCGGGGUGUGGCCUCGGAGGAAGUUGCUCACUGGAGCUGAUGGUCCACUUGGAUCCUUGGAGUUCCUGGUUGGUGCUGAUGAUACACUGGCUAAGAGCUGUCCCUGGUGGAAGGUGGAGGAGCUCAUGGAUCCGUAUAAUAUAACGCAAAUGUACAAAUGGCUCACUGCGUACACGCUCAAGAUGACAUACGACAAAGUGCAGAAGUUGAAACAAGAGGGGAAAAACAACGUGCAGGCUAAGAACGAGUCGCAGUCGUACAAUGCUGUAGCUUUGUCGUGUGUUUAUGGAGAGAACUUCAUAAUAAACCACUUCUACAAGACGGCGAAAGAGUUCCCCGACGAGGCGUGCAGGACAGUUCUGCUCGAUCUGGUCUCCUUGUAUGGAGCUUUCUUAUUGGAGAAACAUCUGGCGACUUUGUAUAUUGGUGGCUACUUCACCCACGACCAAGGGCUGCAAAUCCGUGAGGGUGUUCUACAGCUAUGUGGGAAAUUAAGCACACAAGCUGUGAGCCUAGCAGAUACCCUGGCUCCGCCUGACUGGUGUCUGAACUCCGUACUGGGCAUGGCUGAUGGACAGGCAUAUAAACACAUACAAGACAAAGUGAUGACAUUCCCCGGCUCCAUGACGCGACCGGAGUGGUGGAAGGACGUCGUGUUCUGGCACAAUUAUGUUACUUCUAAGUUAUAAUAAGUUACUAACUUAAAAUAAUAUAAGUAAAAGGUGUAUAUAGGUUACCAACUACAUUUGAUCUUCAUAAGAGCACUAUACACACAAUUAGACGACAAAAUUAUCAUAAAUCAUUUAUUUGCACGCAGUUAUUAAAUUUAUUUAGAGUGAAUAAGAUAGCAUGAUUCAAUUAUCGUGAGCGAAAAAGAG